AUGGCGUCCGCAGCGCGCGCGCCCGUGCGGCGGCAGGCCGAGUCCAACUACCUGGACGUGAACCGCGAGAUGGCGCUGCACCGCCUCGAGAGCUUCCACGCCGCGGCGCGCGGGCCCUUCGAGCUGCUGCAGAGCAAGUUCGGCUUCCAGCGCGCGAGCGUGGCCAACCAGAAGGAGAACCUGGGCUGCUGGAUCUCCAACUACCAGAUGCGCGUGCGCGCCGAGGCCCCCCAGGGCGCCGCCGAGAGCAGCGACUUCGUCACGCGCACGGCGCUCGCGCGCGUGCACAAGAAGUUCUUCAAGAACUACAACAUGUGGUGUAAGUUUCUGCGUACGCCCCCGCGCGCGUGCGACCCGGACAAGGACAACACGGCGCGCAUGGAGAAGGAGCUGGCGCUGUUCCUGCUGCUGUGGGGCGAGGCCGGCAACCUGCGCUUCAUGCCCGAGUGCAUCUGCUUCCUGUACCACAACAUGGCGGCCAAGCUCGAGUUCCUCGACACGCUGCCGGACGUGGGGGGCAUGUUCUACCUCAACGCGAUCGUGCGCCCCGUGUACCGCGUCAUCGCCAAGAUGCGCACGGCCACGGCGCCCAAGGGGGAGCGCCCCUUCGACCACCAAGACACGACCAACUACGACGACGUCAACGAGUUCUUCUGGACGAGCAAGUGCCUCGAGUGCGACGAGAUGAACGUGGCCAAGGUGCUCGAGGUGCACGACCCCAAGACCUUCAAGGAGAAGCGCAGCGUGUUCAACCCCGUGCUGGCCUUCUUCCGGGUCUGGUACUUCUUGGUCGUCAUGUUCCACGUCAUGGUGGUCAUCACGUAUGUGGCCUACAUGGCCGAGGGCGACGACGACGGCGGGCUCGGAUUUUUCUUCCGGAUUUUCGACAGCGGCCAGAAUAAAAUCCGCGCCCACGCAUUUUACUCCAUCUUCGUGACGGUCACGGGGCUGUUGGCCAUGAAGGUGGUGAUGCAGAUCUGGCUCUUCGGACUGAGGCUAUACAAGGACCUGUGGAUGGCCGUCGGAGUGUUCUGCAGACUGAUCUGGCACUCGAUGUUCUUCGCGCUGUUUAUGAUUAUCAACUUUUCCCCGGAUGAGUCGGCGCUUUUCGGCUCGCUGAGCAGUAUUUUACCCGGAGGAGGCACUGCCGGGUCGUAUCUUUCCAUGGGGUUGGUGUACUUGGCGCUUUACAGUAUCCCGGUACUGACCGCGGCGGCCAUGCGAGCGUUCUUCCCCAAUGCGAUUUGGGGCAUUCGAGUGGUGAACGCGCUGGACGGAACCAGUCGACAGUACGUGGGACGCAACACGGCGCAGCCCUGGGCCAACUACUCGCAGUAUUUCCUGUCGUGGUUUAUUAUCUUCUUCUGCAAGCUGCUGUUCGCGCUGCAGUUCAUGAUCCGCCCGCUGAUGGCGCCGUCGAUUGAGAUUUAUGACAUCACCGUGGACGACAAUGGCGUGUUCCAGUCGGGCCACAACAUCAUGUUCAUCAUCGCGCUGUGGGCUCCGAUCUUCGUCGUGUACAUGUACGACGCGCAGAUUUGGUUCAUUUUGUACCAGUCGAUCAUCGGUCUCAUCAUGGGCAAGCGCAUGAACAUUGGACACUACGUGGGACUGGCGCAGCUCAAGACGGGCAUGGCGGGAGCACCGAAGCUGUUUGAUGAGAAGGUCGUGUCGCUCAGGACCAGGAAGCCGAACCCGGAGGUCGCGACACCUGUUCCCGGUGGAGGCGACGCGGGUGAACUCCGUCACCGUGACGUUGUGCGUCUGCGGUUUGCCAUCAUUUGGAACCAAGUGGUGGACAACUUCCGUCUCAACGAUCUGCUGGACGACCGCGAGACGGUUAUCCUGCAGUACCGUAUUCUGAACAAGGGCGAGCGCAUCCAGGAGCCGAUUUUCCUCCUGGCUGGCAAGUUGUCAAAGGCCGUUGACGUGGCUGCGAAAGCGCGUUCGAGCAAGUGGGACCCCGCGACUUUGAUCAAGAACAUCGCUACUGCGGACGCCCUGGAAGGCAUGAAGAACGGACUGGACCUGGUCCGCGACAUUUUCUAUUUGCUGCUGGGCGAGGAGGAGGAGAAGGGCGCGCUCAGCGUGCUGGAGUACAUUUACUCGUCGCCCGAUGUUGUGUCCCUGCUGGAUAUGACGUACAUGCCGCAGCUUUCGAACAACAUGGUGGAGCUGCUGGCUGUGAUCCUGGAUAUGCCGGAGGAGAUUUCGUCCAUCGACUCGCUGGACAACCUGCCGGAGGAGCUGCGGAUGGAACUGCACGUCCAAGUCGCUCAAGUCGUCGACCGCCUCCGCGCUAUCGCUUUGACGAUGGAGUUGAUGCUGAAAGAUGAAUCCGUAUCGCGCAAGCUACACACCUGCAGGUUCCUGCAGGCCACCGACGACCUCGAGUUCCAGACCCAGAGGAUGAUCUACCUCUACAAGGCUGAUGCUAUGGCUGAAACGGGUUUGAUCGCCGUUCAUCCCGGAGAUGGAUCGGCCACAAUGCCGCCGCGUUUCGCCCCGGAGGACUUCAUUUCCAGUUGCACGCGCCUAUUCUUCUUGCUCCGCCUGGACGUCGCCAGCUCGCUCCCUCGUUGCGAGGACGCCAAGCGUCGCAUGGGCUUCUUCCUUCACUCGCUUGCGAUGGAGAUGCCGCGGGUGGAUUCUUUGGAAGCCAUGCCGUCGUUCUCGGUCAUGACCCCUUACUACUCUGAGACCGUGCUGUUUACGCUGGAUGAGCUGAACAACCCCGUUCACUCGAACGCGCUGUUCGCGGAGCUGGAGAAGAAGCAGAAGGAGAAGGGCUGGACAGAGCUUACGAUCAUGAAGUACCUGAUCACGUUCCACGCUGAAGAAUGGAGCAACUUCCUCGAGCGAAUGGGCGCUAGGUCGCUGGACGAGGCGCUGGAGAUCAACCCGACGGAGGUGCGUCUCUGGGCUUCGAUGCGCGGUCAAACGCUGGCCAGAACGGUGCACGGAAUGAUGCUGUACGAGGACGCGAUCCGACUUCUGCGUUGGCUGGAGGUCUACUCGCUGCGUGACAUGAACCUGCAGGAAAAGCUGGACGAGAUGAACCGCAUUUCCGCGCUGAAGUUCUCCUACAUCACCGGUUGCCAGAUUUACUCUCAGCAAGUCGCCAAGGGCGACCAUCGUGCGGAAGACAUCGACUACCUGAUGAAGAAGUUCCCGAGUUGGCGUGUGAGUUUCGUGGACACGAUCAAGGAGAAGGACGGCGACCAGGAGAUCACUCGCUAUGACGGUGUGCUCGUGAAGGCUGAAGGCAACGAGAUUGUCGAGGUUUACCGCUACGAGCUGCCUGGCAACCCGAUUCUUGGCGAGGGUAAGCCCGAGAACCAGAACGUGGCGCUGCCCUUCACGCGCGGUGAGUACCUGCAGACGAUCGAUAUGAACCAAGAGCACUACCUUGAGGAGUGUCUGAAGAUGCCGAACUUCCUGGCGACUGCGACGAGCACGGGCGAGGAGGUGACUGUGAUUGGUAUGAAGGAGCACGUGUUUACCGGUCGUGCGUCCUCUCUCGCUCGGUUCAUGACGCUGCAGGAGCUGGUGUUCGUGACGCUGACCCAGCGCGUGUUGGCCAAGCCGCUGCGCUCGCGUAUGCACUACGGCCACCCGGAUGUGUUCGAGAAGUCCUUCGUUGUGACGAGUGGUGGUGUGUCCAAGGCCAGUAAGGGUAUCAACCUGUCGGAAGAUGUCUUCAGUGGUUACAACGUUACUCUUCGCGGCGGAUUGGUGACCCACGUUGAGUUUAUGCAGUGCGGUAAGGGUCGUGACGUGACGCUGAGUCAGAUCAACGCGUUCGAGGCCAAGCUAUCCAAUGGGUGUGCUGAGAGUUGUUUGAGUCGUGAGGGUCACCGCCUGACCAACUCGCUGGAUUUCUCGCGCCUGAACUCCAUGUUCUACGGCCACUUCGGCUUCUACAUUUGCAAUGCUCUGACAGUGUUCUGUGUGUACGUGUACGCGUACUGCAAGCUGUACGUCGCGACGCACUCGGAGGUGGAGAUCACGGCUAUCAUGAAGACCGGCAGCCUCGACUCGCUGUCCAGUGUGAUGACGACGCAGUAUCUGCUUCAGUUCGGUAUGCUGACCACGCUGCCUUUGUUCGCGACUCUGUUCGUGGAGUUUGGCUUCAAGCAGGCGUCGAUGAAGGUGGUGGAGCUGUUCGCGACGUUGGGCAUUGUAUUCUACGUGUUCCUGACGGGCACGAAGGCGCACUUCUACGACGUGGCUCUGAUUCGUGGUGGCUCCAAGUACCGAGGAACCGGUCGUGGUUUCUCGAUCACGCGCGACCCCAUGGUGAACUUCUUCAAGGAGUACGGCGUCUCGCACUUCCGCAAGGCUGUGGAGCUGAUCGGCGUGAUGAUUCUGUUCGGAGUCUACGGGUCGUUUGACAUCGGCUCCGAUGCGCUGGAGGAGUACUGCGCGACUGCGGACUUCGACUGUGACACGGACCCGGAUCUGAUUCCUUCCAACAUCACGUCGCUGGCAGCGUUCAGCAGCAAGUCGCAGAGCUACGGCAUCGCCUCGCUUGCUGUGCUGUUCCUGGGUGCGUGUUGGCUCAUGGCCCCCUUCGUGUUCAACACGGACGGUCUGGUGCUGCAGAAGUCCAAGGUGGAUAUCGCCAACUGGUUCACGUGGAUGAUGCGCUCGCAGCACAAGGACGACGCCAACAACGACGAGGAGAACGGCAAGAGCGCGAGCAGUGCCGCUCUACAGCCGAAGGACGGAUGGGACGACUGGUGGAAGUCGGACGUCGACUUGAUGGUGCCUCUGGGUCCCAUGGGCCGUCUCACGUACUGCCUCCGUGAGCUGCGCCACCCGCUGGCGAUGUAUUAUGUUUUCCUGACCGAGUUCACGCUUCCGUGGCUUGCUCUGCUGUUCGGAGCUAUGGGCGCUACGUGGGCGCUGCUGUGGUUUGGAAACCGUGUGCACCACUGCGUGUCCAAGCACCGCAAGCUCAAGUCGCUUGCGGUUCAAGGCAUCCUGUACAUGGUGGGCGUCAUUGGAGGCAUCAUGCUGGUGCCACUCAUCCUUGGAGCUAUGGGCGGCUGGUCGGUGCUCAAGUGCUUCACGUUCUCCAUCUCGAUGAUCUUGGGCUUCAACUCGAUUGUGCAGUACGCCCUUGCGUUCAACGGCGUCUUCGGAAUGGAAGUGGCGAUGUGGAGCCCCAUGAUGACGCUUGGUUUCCUCAUGGACAUGAUCGUCGGCAUCUUCCUGGUGGUGCCGCUGUUCCUGCUGUCGCUGCUGCCGUUCAUGCGCAUUCUCCAGACGCGUGCCAUGUACAACGGCGGCUUCUCGCGCGCGCUGAGCUCAGGCUCGGAGGUGGCGGCGUCGCUGUGCAUCCUGCUGGGCCUGCUGGGCGGCUUCAUCCACGGCUUCACGACGUCCUUUGUCUAUACUCUUGGCUACAUUAACGACCCGGACGAGAACUUCAUGAACCGAUCGUUCUACUACUUCGUGACGACCAAGCUGCCCAACAGCGGCUCGGAGAUGCUGAGCUAUAUGGAGAACGGAUACCUGAAGAUCACCUGCGCUGGCAUGAGCAUUCUUGCCGUCCUCCUGUCGCUUCUUAUUGGGCGCGUCCUCGGACGCCGCGUGAACAUGGCGAUCGGCAGCAGUCUGAUCUUCGCGUCGCUCGGCCUCAACUUUAUCUCAAGUACAUCGAUCAUCCUGGUGUCGUGCGGCAUGGCGGCCAUGGGGUCGGCCAUGCUGGUGAUGAACUACCUGCUCUACAGCUACGAGAUCUGUACGAAGGGCUGGCGCGGCAAGAGCGUGACCAUUUUCCUGCUUGGAUCUAUGAGCGGUUGGUUCGUGCACUCGCUGCUGACGGCCAAUACGAACGCGACCACCAUCAGCGAGGACUGGGACAACAAACCGACCAAUAUGUGGCGCCUGCAGCCGAUAUUCGUCCAGCCAGCGCUGAUCAUCGCCUUCUUUGCCAUUCUGUGGUUCGUGCCCGAGAGUCCUGUGUGGCUGCUUGCCCACCAGCAAGAGGAGCCGGCCCGCGCCGUGCUCAUCCGUCUGCGUCGCCGUCAGAACGUGAACCCGGAGAUCGCAAUGGUUCAGGCCGAACUGACGCAGAAGACGAGGGAGAACCACCUCAUGUUCCGCUUGUCCAUCGUGUUCGCGCUGCAGGCCGUCUUCGGGCUGAUUAUGUCGCAGUCGCUGCUCAUCCGACGCACGCUGCAGGUGAACGCGGACGACUCGGGCAACGCCAACAACUACUGGGAGGUCUACUUCGCGCUGUGCUGCGCUACGGGCUACGCGUUCGGCAGCUUCCUGGUGGACAACGUGCGUCGCAAGACCAUCCUGAAGGAGUUCAUGCCGUUCGUGGCGCUCAUGGCGUUUACUUGCGGUGUGAUCGGAGCUGUGUCGAAGGCCGAUGGUGGCCUCGUUCAGGCGUUGUCGUGCCUGCUGUACAUCUCGGCGGGUUUGAGCAUCAUGAGCGUGACGUGGCUGUCGGCAUUGGAGAUGUUCCCGGCCUCGCGCAGACCUCUCUACUGGACGCUGUCGCUCUGCGUGUUCUACGCUGUUCAAGUGGUGAUCUACCUGCUGGACCCGUCGUUCGCGCUGGCGCACUUCAUCUUGUGUGGCUGCUCGGUGGCGCUUACGAUCGUGCUCUUCAUGUUCUGCGCCAGUACCAAGCUGGGCGCGAUCCAGACCAAGGCCGAGAAGAAGUACCAGCGGUCCAUGCGCGAGUCCGCGCCCGAAAUUGUGGAAGCGGUCGAUGAACGUGGGGACGUGGACGACCUGCACAAGCAGCAGACCCGCAUUGCGCAGACGUCGGCUGCCAUGAACCGCUCGGCAGCGUCCAACCCGGCGUCGUCCGCUGCUCAAGUCAACUUUGGCGCGUCAGGUGCUGCUCAGGUGAACUUUGGGGUGUCUGGAGCCAGCACGCGCGGCGGUGGCCCCCCUGCUAGCAGCGCCGGCUCGCGCGCGCAGGCCAACGCCACGCAGUUCGGCUUCAGCGGCGUCAACGUCACGGACCAGCCGAGCGAGUCGGCUCGUCGCAGCUCGACGCACAAUGAGACGGACCACUUCAGCUUCCACCGCCUUGCGAGCAUGGAGGACCCGGCCACCACCGGUGGCAGGCCGCAGCUGCGCUACGGAGUGAGCACGGGGCUCAGCAGCUCGCAGUCGUCGUCCACGGACUUGUCCGCCACGAACGCCGAGCGGCUGCGGCAGAUGACGCGGCUGUCGUCCACGUUCGACUUCGAAGCCGAGUUCGAGGCCGAGCACAUCGAGGACCUGCGCCAGGGCCAGAUCGCGUACCCGCGCGGCCAGCCGCGCUCCGUCUCCUUCCUGCAGUCGCAGCAGUACCCGGACGCCGAGCUGCACGCAGAGACCCAGUCCGUUCGACUCUAGGAUAGAGAUGAUGUAGUAGCGUAGGUAGGUAGGUAGGUUACAGACAACGACGGAUAAAUCCGGCAC